CAGAGGGAGGAAGAAGCCGCGGCUCUUCUUUAUUGAGGAGAAAAACUCAAAGGGAUAAAAAGGAAUCAUGCGGUAGGCAAAGAAGGCUUCCCAUUCUCAGCAGCACCUUUAGAAAUUGACAUCCCACUGCCGAGCUGCUACCUUGCAAAGACUGCUACUGUCAAUGGAGCUGGAAAACAUUGUUGCCAACACUGUCUUGCUAAAAGCCAGGGAAGGGGGUGGAGGAAAGCGUAAAGGCAAAAGCAAAAAGUGGAAGGAAAUCUUGAAGUUCCCUCACAUUAGCCAGUGUGAAGAUCUCCGGAAGAUGAUAGACAGAGAUUACUUCAGUCUGUGUGACAAGCAGCCAAUCGGAAGGCUUCUUUUCCGGCAGUUCUGUGAAACUCAGCAUGAGCUGGAGUGCUGUAUUAGGUUCCUUGACUCUGUGGCAGAGUAUGAAAUUACACCAGAUGAAAAACUGGGAGAGAAAGGGAAGGAAAUCGUGAUGAAAUACCUCACCCCAGAGUCCCCAGCAUAUGUCACUGAAGUCAGCCAAGACCUGAUCCACCAAACGGAGGAGAAACUUGAACUGAGACCCUGCAAAGAACUCUUUUCUCACUGUGCAAAAUCUGUCCUUGACUACCUAAGUGGAGAGCCGUUUCAAGAAUACCUGGAUAGCAUGUAUUUUGACAGGUUUCUUCAGUGGAAGUGGUUGGAAAGACAACCAGUGACCAAAAACACUUUCAGGCAAUAUCGAGUGCUAGGCAAAGGAGGCUUUGGGGAGGUCUGUGCUUGUCAGGUGCGGGCUACAGGUAAAAUGUAUGCCUGCAAGCGGCUGGAGAAGAAGAGGAUAAAGAAGAGGAAAGGAGAGUCCAUGGCACUCAAUGAGAAGCAGAUUUUAGAAAAAGUCAACAGUCAGUUCGUUGUCAACUUAGCCUAUGCCUAUGAAACAAAGGACGCAUUGUGCUUAGUUCUGACCAUCAUGAAUGGGGGUGACCUGAAGUUCCACAUCUACAACAUGGGAAACCCGGGCUUUGAGGAAGAAAGAGCCUUGUUUUAUGCAGCAGAGAUCCUUUGUGGCCUGGAAGAUCUUCACAGAGAAAAUACUGUAUACAGGGAUUUGAAACCAGAAAAUAUCCUGUUAGAUGAUUAUGGCCAUAUCAGAAUAUCUGAUUUGGGUCUAGCUGUGAAGAUUCCUGAAGGGGACUUGAUCCGGGGCAGGGUAGGAACAGUGGGAUAUAUGGCUCCAGAGGUCUUGAACAACCAGAGGUAUGGUCUGAGUCCAGACUACUGGGGCCUGGGCUGCCUCAUUUUUGAGAUGAUUGCUGGACAGUCGCCCUUCCGAGGGAGGAAAGAGAAAGUGAAACGUGAAGAGGUGGACAGAAGGGUGCUAGAGACGGAAGAGGUGUACUCUCACAAGUUUUCAGAGGAAGCCAAGUCAAUCUGUAAAAUGCUACUAGCCAAAGAUGCAAAGCAGAGGCUGGGCUGUCGAGAGGAGGGGGCUAUGGAAGUGAAGAGACACCCAUUUUUCAGGAACAUGAAUUUCAAGCGAUUGGAAGCAGGGAUGUUGGACCCUCCCUUUGUACCGGAUCCCCGGGCCGUGUACUGUAAGGAUGUGUUGGACAUCGAGCAGUUCUCCACCGUCAAAGGUGUCAACCUGGACCACACAGAUGACGAUUUCUAUUCCAAGUUCUCCACAGGAUCCGUAUCGAUUCCAUGGCAAAAUGAGAUGAUAGAAACAGAGUGUUUCAAAGAGUUGAAUGUGUUUGGACCAAACGGUACUCUUUCACCCGACCUGAAUCGGAGCUACCCUCCUGAACCGCCAAAGAAAGGCUUGCUACAUCGAAUAUUCAAGCGUCAGCAUCAGAACAACUCCAAGAGUACUACUAAUUCCAAGACGAAUUUUAACCAUCACAUCAACUCCAACCAUGUACGUUCAAACUCUACUGGAAGCAGCUAGUCUCAGUUCCAAUCUGGGAGUUACACAUGGGGGCCACACCCUAGUCCUUCCACUUUAGAAACAGAGCUCCUGCCAACAAUCGCCACCACCAUCACUGAGUCAGGCCAAUGAUUCCACCCCUCCAAAAGCCAGAGAGGGACCCUGUCCAAACCCGGCAAGUGGAGCCUCCAAUUUUCCUGAAGAAAUUCCCACUCAGGUCUGUUUUCUGGAGGGGGGCCCUUGGACAGACAGCUGGUGUGAUGGUACUUGGUCUCUGUAGAAUAUUGCAAUAGAAAUCCAACAGAUUGAGACAACUUGCACGUAUUUAAAUAGCAUCAUACCUAGAACUGAAUUUUGUCCUUAUUAUUUUUAAAGAAAAGUUUUGUAAAUUUCUCUAUUGUCUCAGUUUACAUUUUGUAUAUUUGUAUUUAAAUGAAAGUCAGACUUUGAGGGUGUAUAUUUUCUGUGCAGCCGUUGUAAAGCCAUGUGUUUUAAGACAUUGAAGGGAAAGGGAGGGAAGGGGGGCGGGGUGGGAUUUUUAAAAUGUGACUCAAGACUUCCAGAGCCUCAAUUGAAAAAUUGUUGUUUUUAUUAACUGUAGAGAAUUACUCCAAUUUCACAUUAGCUAAUGGGUUAUAUUUCCAUACAUGCAUUUGAAGGCACAAUUUAUUCCUAACUAACUUACAUUCGUUUGUAUAUUUGAUUUAUAGCAACACUGCUUACAAUCUCUCUGUUAGUUUGUAAUGUCUUGUAUUAAAUGCUUAAAAAAAAAGGAAAAAAAAAAGGAAAAAAAAGGGCACACUUGUGACUUAACCCCAUUUGAGAAUUUCUUCCAUGUGAGGCUGGGACCUGCUGGCACCAUUGAGUUUAACACCAGGGUUUUUUUCCUAGAUCAUCAAAAUAUUUAUGGUGUGAUUCAGGGUCCUGUUUUCCAUUCUCCAUCCCCUUUUUGCAUUAGAAAUAGUCUCCAGGGAAAGGAAACAUGGUCAGGGCCUAGAAGAUUUGGGGCCAUUGGUGCUUGGGCAGAGAAUAUUGUCCUUCCCACCUAGUGUGUCCUGACCUCUUGUUUCCAUGCAUUUCCCUAAAGUUUGGGUUGUAUUUUUUUUAAGUGGGAAAUACAAGAAUAAUGAGAAUUAAAGGAAAUCCCAAGUGUCUUAAACUUUUAUAGACAAAGAAGCCUAGAUGUAGGAGAAGUAUGUAUCAGCUCUAAUGUUUGGUUGAGAAUAAUAAAGACAAGAAGGAAACUUUUUGGUGCCUCUAUAUGUAACCAAGAUUUCUUUUGAGACGUCCUAGGGAGAAGGAACACAGUAGUACAAAACAGAAAACUAGGCCUCUCAUGCAAAUUUCUCCUGGUUCCUGGGUGAAUUGUGAGUGAAAGGGUCUCUAGUUACCAAACCCGUCAUAUGGGUAGUUUGGUAAGUGGCCAAUGAUCAGGCAGAGGUGGAUUUCCCUGGCUGCUCUGGUCCCAAAAUUGGCUGGCCCAUGGAAAGGAACAGUGACCAAAAUGGUGGCAUGGCACUUGAGAGGCCAAACAAAGGCAGUUCUGACUUUAGAAAAUAAAUAACUGUGUGAGCCAGUCUCUGUAAGCAUGUCUUUCACCCUUCCAAGGUCAGACCAGAGAUUUGAGACAAAGAAGGCCUUUCCAAGGAUCUGAAAAUAUAAGUUAGAAAUGUAGGCAGUAACCCCAGCCAGGAUCCACAGAACCCAAAUGGGUAAAAGACCUCUAGAGACAAUCCCAGUGUCAAAGAAUCACAGGAUAAUAGAUACAACUGGAAGCAACUUCAAAGACCAUCUUGUCCUACUCCUUCAUUUUACAGUUGAGGAAACUUGAGGUCUAGAAAUAUUAAGUAACUUGUCUGGGAUCUUACUUCCUUGUAUGGGAAGCAGAUACUUCCACGUAAACUGUUUCAUCCUUAACACUUGGGUUUCCCAAUCUCCUUUCUAACAAGGAGACAUCGAUCAAAUUAUCCUACUCUCACACUAGCACCCCAAGGGCUCCCACCUAAGCAAGGUGAGCAAUGGAUUAACCUGACUCCCCUCAAGACAUGCCAGGCAUUUGCUGCCACCAUUUCCCAUGGCCUUCUGCACUUCUGGGCUAUGGUUUAGUGGAUUGCCAAUGUUUGGGGAGGAGACCACUCAGUACUUACUUUGUUUGGGUGAAUCAAAUAAUAAUGGGGUGAGUUUUCAGGGAAAAGCAUCUUGUGAGACUUAAAUCCACAACCUAAUUUCAUAAUCAUAGAAUGUUUGAAUUAUAAAAUGAACUUUAGAUCAUCUAGCUUAACCCCUUCAUUUUAUAUAGAGGGAAAUCGAAGCCCAGAGAGGAAAAGUUACUUGCCCUUUAUCACACAACUAGCAAACAGUAGAAUCUCAUCCUUAGAUUCUAAACUUCAGUUAUGUGCCUUUUGGGAAAUACACAUAUGCUAGAAAGGGAGCUUGAAGAUUGGGCUGCAUAAUUUUGAGGUGGUUCUACAAAGAAAUGGGAGAAUAGAAAUAUUUUAAUUUCCCUCAUAUGCCUUUAAUCUGCAGUAUUAAUUUCAGAGUCUGAUUAUCUCCUGGACCAGUUCUUGGACUAAUUGAUCUUUUCAUUUCUUUGGGUUGGAUUAGAGGUAGGUACUACCAUCCAUCCAUGCCAUUUUUGCCAAGGAAAUGGCAAUACCUUUGAAUAGCAGUAUUAAGUCCUACAACCUUGCUGAUCUUCCCUUCUCAGUGGCAGAAUGAAAGCUCAUUCUGUAGACGCCAUGAACCCAAAGCACCACCCUGCCAUCUUGACAUUAAGGGCUUCUCUCUGUUUGCGCAGUCUUUGGGAUUUCAAAACUGCACACGGAUUGAUAUUGGGAAAAAAUGUUCAUACUUCAAGGGGAAUGUAAUAGUUGUUUUUCAAUGUCAAAAUCUGACACUUAUUUUAAAACUCUGGAGAACAUUCAAGAAAACUAAAUAGGGCUCCUAUUGUUUUUUCUUUUUCUAGUCCUUGGGUCACUUGGACCAUAUCAAAAGCACAGGUCUCAACAUUGAUUCCUAGAAAGACUUGGGGCUAUACUUCUCUUGUUAUAACUGCCAUAAAUGUUUGUGAAAGUUGCAGCUGAGGUUAUUUUGCUGCUAAGCCCCCUAAAUCAUUUGAGCCAAAAGGCCAGUGCCCAGCUGUUACAAGAGAGCACCUCAUUAAAGCAAUGCACAAGAGACCGUCCAUCCAUAUUGCCAAACUCUUGAGUCAAUCAUCAGAAAGUCUUCCCCUUCCAAGCUUUAUCUUCUGUAUCUGUUUUAAGACCAAAAAAGUAGUUAUUUGUCCAGACAUCUUUGGAUGAUCUGGUGUUUUAAAAGAUUUUUAAAAAACACACAUUUGAGCUCUAUAAGGAAGAAUUCCUCUUUAAGGAUGUUAUUUUGUGCACAAUUAGUCAAUUGACACAGUGCCUUUGAGGUGAGACCCAAGGAAUGGGUCCCAAGUGAUACAGAAACUUCUUCAAUUUGUUUGCUUCUGUCUUCAGUAAGACAGUGGUUGUUCCUGAAAUUGUCAUAAUCAUGCUCCAUUAUCGAGUUUCCCAAUGGUCCUGGGGACCACCUGAGAUAUUAAGGAGACAGCCUCCCCCUCAACACACACACGCACACACACACACACACACACAACCAGUCCUCAGGGAAUUGACAUCCUAGGACGCAGUUCCCAUAGUAGACAGGACUGUUCUUCCUCUUUGUGUCAAUGAUCAAAGAAAAAUACUUAAGAGAAGAAAAUAAACCUAUUAAGUACUGACUAUGUGCCAGGCACUGUGCUAAGCGCUUUACAAAUGGUUUUUCAUUUGAUAAUAUAGAGUUACAGAACUCUGUACAGAUUUCCACAACUGCUCCCUUGACUCCAUGUCAUCUUCCACUGCAUUUUGAACAGCAACAAGAUGCAACUUCCUUCUGAGAUGUAUUGCUCUUUGCCAUUGAGAACAUAGUUAUUUCUGGUUUGAUUUUAUUUUUUAGGGGGGGAAAGGGACUAGUUAUACUGCUGCUUAAAAGAGAGCAGUCAGUAGCUUGACUGAAUAUCAGUGCGCCUUACAGGGUAAUACUGCAGGGACAGAUUUUGACUCGGGUUCCAGAUACAUGCACAUGGAUGACUCCACUUGUUUCAGUGGCUACUUCUUGGGAACAGGAUUUGCACUCAGGUUCUUAAAAGUCCAUUUGGGAUACCAAUUGUCUUGAGUGCCUCCCCUCUAAAGAUAAUACAGCCUUUUAAGAGUCCAGAAGUUCCUGUGCCUUGCUUAAUUAUCAAGGAACAUCCACAGUGUUGAAACUCCUCUUCUUCCAUUCCCAUCCCCCUUUUCCUGAAGAAGUUACAUCAUUUCAAAUCUUUCCCUUUUCUGGCUGUUUGCCAGCUGUUCCAUCAAUGACAGAACUCUUCUGGAACAUGACUAAACCAACAAAGAGAGCACACCUCUUGGACAGUUUUCCUUGGGGGUACAUCAGCCUUGCAUUGGGGCCAAGGCAACUUCCCUUGGCAGGCAGAACAGAAGAAUCAAAGGCUUGGUGUUCCUGGAUUUUAGGAGAAACAUCAGGUCUCUUGGCAAUCAAGUAUCACCCAAGAAAUCUUCACCAACUAAUGAUAAAUACAUAAUAUAUCCUGUCCAUGUAAUCUUUUGCUUACAUCUCCCUCCUUACCUCAAGGCUCCUGGAUGGGCUUCAGGAGUCAGAUGAGCAACUGAAUGUGUCCUCUUUGAGUUUCCAUUCUAUUUGUAAUCUGGGAUGUACUGGGGUGACUUUUAACAUUUUGACUUUUGCUCAGGAAGGUGAAGGGCAUACAGAUUUGUUGGUGUAGUUUCACAUCAUGUAGGUCAGUCUUUCCCCCACAAGCAUCUCUCACCUGGACAGGUGUUGCUUAAACAACCAAUAAGCCCACCCAAUUAAAACACCAACAUUGUACAUUCACACUCAUGCCCAAGGACAUAUUUCCAGUCUGAUUUUCAAAACCUGCUCUACUGUGGUCAAGAUGUGUACAUAUUUGGAAACGUCAUGCUCUCUCCAAGAGGGAAAGGGCUUUUCCAAAGGAUUUAGAUGUGACUGUUAUGAGUCAGUUGGAAAGUCAUUUUUGUAAGCACUCCAAAACAAAUGUUCUUGGUUAAUAGUUCAUGGCUUUAUAUCUUGUUUUAAUAAUAAUGAUAAUAAUAACAAUAACAAUAACCAUCAUUCCAGCAUCUUAAGAUUUCUCUCUCUCUCUUUCUCUUUUCUUUCCCCUGGAAGAUUUUCACACUGUUUGAUAAAACUAGCUCUGUUUCUGAGAUUGUUCUGGAGAGAGUGGUUUUUGUGUUCCCUGGCUGCCCUAAUUCUCUAUACAUUCUGUCUAAUAACGUCACAGUGCUGCUGUAUCUAGAUCAAACCACUGUUUUGUU